AUGACCGACUCGACCAGCAACCCCCCACCAAGCACGACCCGGCCAAACGCAAACCGCGGCCAACGCAACCGAAUGGAGACCCCCAGAGACUCCCACCCGUCCGCCACGCCCAAAGGCCCGUCGCAGCGUGGCCGUGGGCUCGGCAGGCCUCGCGGGCCCGGCCGCGCCGGUCGUGGUCCGCGAUCAGCAGCAGGCUCCCAGCUCGGUGGCCGCGCAGGAGAGCCUCCAGACCGUGGCCGGCGAGGAGCUGGCACCUCGGGUGACCGCCUGACCGGGGAUGCCAAUGACUGUAAGGGCGAGAGCCUGGGGAAGCAGAAGGCGGCGGCUGCUGCUGCUGUUGCUGUUGGGGUUGUUGAUGGUGCUGUGGACGACGCCGACGAAAGCGAGAUUUGCUUCAUCUGCGCCUCCAAGGUAGAGCACGUCUCCGUUGCGCCGUGCAAUCACCGGACCUGUCAUAUCUGCUCGUUGCGUCUGCGGGCGCUGUACAAGACCAAGGCUUGCGCUCAUUGUCGAGCCGAGUCGAGCUUUGUCGUUUUUACCAAUGAGUUUGCAAAGAAUUACGAAGAGUUCACCGAUGCCGAUUUUAUCAGGUCCGAUGACAAUCUGGGGGUCAAGUAUGAGAAACAGGAUAUCUUUGAGGAUACUGUGCUGCUCCUUCGCUACAACUGCCCGGACAAGGACUGUGAUGUUGCCUGUCUGGGAUGGCCAGACCUGCACCGUCACGUAAAAAGCAAGCAUGGCAAAGUUAUGUGUGAUUUAUGCACAAGGAACAAAAAGGUUUUUACGCACGAACAUGAACUUUUUUCUCAGGCCCAGCUGCGCAAACACGAGAAAUAUGGAGAUGACAACCCCGGUGCUCUUGACCAGAGCGGGUUCAAGGGCCACCCCGAGUGUGGCUUUUGCCGCCAACGAUUCUACGGCGACGAUGAGCUUUAUACACACUGCAGGGAUAAGCACGAACGUUGCCAUAUUUGUGAUCGACGAACAAGUAGUAGCCGUCCCCAAUACUACGUUGAUUAUGGUUCACUAGAAGAGCACUUUGGCAAAGACCACUUUCUUUGUCUCGACAAAGAAUGUCUGGAGAAGAAAUUCGUCGUUUUUGAAUCUCAGAUGGAUUUGAAAGCUCACCAGCUCGAGAGCCACCCCUCAGAUCUCUCCAAGGACGCAAGAAGAGACGCUCGACAAGUUGACAUGUCCACCUUUGAUUUCCGUUCUCCCUACCAGCCCCAGCGCGGACGCCGCGAUGGUCGACGACCCCUGGGACGUGAUCCUAAUGCAGAGCCUAUUCCCGCGUCCAGCGCUCAAGCACUAAGGCGAGAUGAAAUUGCGUAUCAACGACAAUUGGCUGUCCAGAGCGCACAGUCGAUAUCUACACGUUCGUUUGGUGGCCAGCUCACCCAACCUACACCCGCCGCCGCUGCCGCCGCUCCCCCUCAGGUAUCGGCCUCACAACCACCACUCAUUGAGCAUCUUAAUAUCGACUCUCCCGCCUCAACUCCGCAAGAACAAGCCCGCCGAAUGGCUCAUUCUGCGGUGAUGGAUCGAGCCGCUGGUCUCCUUCGAAACGACCCACUUAAAAUCAAUGACUUCCGAAACAAAGUAUCCCAAUAUCGCACUUCCAAAAUUAACGCCAACGAUCUUAUCGAGUCCUUUUUCUCUCUCUUUGAUACAUCUUCGAGCGAGCUAGGAAAGCUCAUCAAGGAACUCGCUCAUCUGUACGAAGACGAGUCUAAAUGCACUGCUCUUCUUACUGCUUGGAACGAUUGGCGAGCCAUAAACGAGGAUUAUCCGGCACUUCCGGGGCCGAGUGGCACCCUACCAUCUGCCUCGGCCGAUGUUGGAGGAGGAAAACGCGUCCUGCGCCUAAAAUCCUCCACAGCGCCUUCGUCAAGAUCAUCGAUGGGUCAAAACGCUCGUCUUCCCGGACUACUUAACAAAAACGGACCAUCCAAUCCCUUUCCUUCUCUCCCCAGCUCAAAACCUUCUAAAAGCAAGGGUGCAUCUGCAACGCGCGUAUGCGGCACAACACCGACACCACAAUCCUCCACACCCAAGAUAUCUCCUGCUUCAAGCCGGCCAGUGUCGGGCACGACUACGCCAGCGGUUCGUUUAGCCAAUAACUCGGACGCGUUCCCGGCAUUGCCCGCCGCUCCAAAGCCCAAUGUAUUGAUGGCCGGCUUGACUCGUGGUACAGUCAGAUGGGACGACCGCAAUGGGACGAGAGGGGCUGCAUGGGGUGCUGGUGGAACCAACCCAACACCCGCCGAAGCGGAUACUGGCGGCGAAGCAGGCCAGAAAGGAAAAGGGAAGAAAUGGAAAGGAAAGCAAGUACUUUAUCAUUUCGGAUAA